AGACGCGACGCAGUUUAGCGAAUGGAAGCGAUGCUAGUGACCCAUACAAGGGUACCCAUGCAAAGUUGAGCCGCACAUUUGGGUAGAUUCAUAUUUGCAGGGGGCUGAAACUGAAAGAAAAACUAUAUUCACUGUGCGUGUCAACAAAGUUUGGGGCUGUCAGUUUCGGACGCACUGUUUCGUGCAAACUUGCUUUAACGACCUCGAGAGCGAGAUUCCAGAGCAGAGCCGAGGCUAGCUGCGUUAGCCUCCGAGCUACAUCCAGCAGCAAGGAGCCAGGUAGCGGGGUGGUGUGUGGGUCCACGGCAUGGAGCUGGAGAGGCUGUGUCGGGACUGGUUGAAGACCUAGUCCCCCGGUAGUGAAACGACAACUCGACACGGAGCUCACGUAGCACCGUCCACCUAGUCGAGGAGCUAGCUAGCAUCACCGCACAGCCUUCCGCCGAGCUGCACUUCCCCCACUCUCCCUCCAGCCGGCUAGCCGCAGCGAUAGUCCGGUACAUAAAAUGAAGCGACCAUCAGCGUUUUGGGAAGCUGUGUGGCUGUUUGGAUUUUGCUGAUGUAUGAGGAGACGCUAUUGUUCUUUUGAGAUCUCUGUCAAGGAGGUCAAAAUCAGUACGGGGAAUGGACGAGCAGAAAUCAAACUGCGAAGAAAAUGACUCUGAACCAACAGCUGAUGACAAUGCCCCUUCAAAGCAGCUUGUCUCCUCUGAGGAGGAAUCCAAAGCCCUUCUUGCUGCUGAGGACGUGUCUGGUGCUACUGCAGCCUCGUCCAGCACACCUGUAGAGAGCACUCAAGCCUGUGCUCUUUGCAACUGUUUGGGGAGGAGCCUGCAUGGACAGCGGGAACUGAGACACUUUGGGCCAUUUUCUGAGCGGCCAACCCUCAAGCCAUCAGCUACCCCACUGCCAGAGCCCGGAAAUGAUGACCUGUCUUCCAUUGGAUUUUCCGACUCCCCCUGUCUGGCAUCACUCUUUGACGACUCAGGGGGUUGUGCGGUUCAUCACUGGUGUGCGAUGUGGUCGGAGGGAGUGAAGCGGAUGGAGAAUGAAGAGCUGGAGAACGUGGAUAAAGCCGUUAUCUCAGGGACACAGCGGCUUUGCGAAUACUGCAAAAGGCUGGGCGCAACCAUUCGAUGCCAUGCUGAGGGCUGCACGCGGUUCUACCACUUCCCCUGCUCGGCAGCCAGUGGAUCCUUCCAGUCCAUGAAGCAGUUGGUUCUCCUCUGUCCAGAGCACAUAGACAAGGCAGAGGAGUUGGCAGGUGAGGAGGCUUGGUGUGCAGUGUGUGACUCAGCUGGGGAGCUCACAGAUUUGCUGUUCUGUACGGGUUGUGGCCAACAUUAUCAUGCGGCCUGUCUUGAGAUUGGUGCCACGCCCAUCCAGAGGGCAGGAUGGCAGUGCCCGGAGUGUAAAGUGUGUCAGACUUGCAGACAACCAGGAGAAGACUCAAAAAUGUUGGUGUGCGAUGCCUGCGAUAAGGGCUACCACACCUUCUGUCUCCAACCAGCCAUGGAUUCUCUUCCCACUGACCCAUGGAAAUGCAGAAGGUGUCGUGUAUGUACGGAGUGUGGUGUCCGAGGACUGGUGCUGCCAGAUUUAGCCCAGUGGUUUGACAACUACGCCGUGUGUGAGGGCUGCCAGCGUCACCGCAGUUCUAUGUGUGGCGUGUGCAGCAAAGCUGCGAACCCAUCAGUCACUCUGCUGUGCUGCAGCAUGUGCCACAGGUGGGUGCACAGUGAGUGUGCGUUACCGGGGGAGCUUUCAGAAGCCAAGUGCAUUUGCCGGCUUUGCAAAGAGGAUGAGCAGCAACCUGUCACUCAACCACACACAGCGGAGAUACAAACCAGAGAGGUGUCCGAGGAGACUGAAGGACAAGUGAAGUUGGUGGAGAUGACAAUCCAAACGGAUGCAGACAUGGUGACAGAAGAGCACACAGACUUAUCCGAGGUGACACCAGGACAGAAAGCGUCAGAGUUGGUUGAGGCUGAAGCCAUAUCUGACAAAGAGACACCCAUGGACUUGGGGGUGGAGCCUGCAGCUGUUGCGACAACAGACGGGGAAAAAAUCAAGGAGGACAAGGUGCAGGUAGCAACAGAAGGAUCGACUUCUGAGGCGACCGCUGUUCCACUUGAGUCCACUGAAUGUGCAACAAAAGAACAGAGGGUCUCUUGUCUUCCUGCUGAUGAAGAGAGAGAAGAGGAGGAAGUCAGCCAGGUGACUCAAGUCAACCCUCCCCAGGACCCCACAGCAGAGACACAGUGUGACAACCUGAAAGUAGAACCAACACCAGUGUCACUUCAGGGCCCUGAAAGUAUGGAGGUGGAGAAGGAGAAGCAGGAGGACACUCCAUCAGUGGAACAAGAAGAAGAAGAAGAAGAAGAAUCAUCAGAGUUAUUAAACAAUGGUUCUGAUGGCACGCCUAUCACAGAACCAGUCAGUAAGGAUCCACCAAAAUCACCAGCUUCUCCUGCCUCUGUGGACAAAACGGAGCAUUUGCCCAUGGAUAAUUGUCAGGAAAGAAGUCCAUGCGAGGACCCCCAGUCUCCUACUCUUUCUUUAUCAGUAGACACAAAAGAGGUCCUCUCUUCUAUGGAAAUAGGUGGGAGGUUACUACCUCACUCUGAAGAGGAGGAGGAUGAUGAAGAGUAUGAUGAGCAUAUUGGAGGACUUAAUUUAGACAUAAAGCAGGAACUGCAGGAGCAAGAGGCUAAGAGGGAAUUGCUGCUGGACGACAUGUCCUAUUUGAGCCACGGAGACGAGAGCAGCAGUGGCUUUCUGGGCUCUCCAGGAGAACACGACCCUCAGCUCUCCAUGGAGUUUGGCCUUGACGCCGGCCGCUCACACACAGAUAAUCUGCUCACUGAGACUGAUGACUCGCUUCCCUUCGAACCAUUCAGAAGCGACAGAGAGAAGGUGAAACGCAGAGGAUCCCCAGGACGCUCACGAAUCAAACAGGGGCGAAGCAAUAGUUUUCCUGGGAAGCGUAGACCUCGAGGAGGUGGUGGAGGGAGAGGGCGUGGUGGGAGGUCACGCCUCAAAGCUAUGGCCUCCUGCAUUGAUGCUUUCUUGCUAAGCAUGACCACAGACACUGGAAUAAGUAAGGAGGAAGACGAGGAGGAAGAUGACACCAUGCAGAACACAGUGGUCCUUUUCUCAAACACCGAUAAAUUUGUCCUGCUCCAGGAUAUGUGUGUUGUGUGUGGCAGUUUCGGAAAGGGUCCCGAGGGGCAGUUAUUGGCUUGUGCUCAGUGUGCCCAGUGUUACCAUCCUUACUGUGUGAACAGCAAAAUCACCAAGACGAUGCUCCGUAAGGGCUGGCGCUGUUUGGAAUGUAUUGUGUGCGAGAUGUGUGGAAAGGCUUCGGACCCCUCCCGCCUGCUGCUGUGUGAUGACUGUGAUGUCAGCUAUCACACCUACUGCUUGGACCCACCCCUGCACAAUGUUCCCAAGGGUGGUUGGAAGUGCAAAUGGUGUGUAUGCUGUGUGCAGUGUGGUUCCAACUCCCCGGGUUUCCACUGUGAGUGGCAGAACAAUUACACCCACUGUGGCCCAUGUGCCAGCCUCGUCACCUGUCCAGUGUGCAGAGAGAACUUCAUGGAGGAGGAGCUGCUGCUGCAGUGUCAGUACUGCGAUCGAUGGGUCCAUGCCGUCUGUGAGAGUCUGUACACAGAGGAUGAGGUGGAACAAGCUUCUGAUGAGGGCUUUGCCUGCACAUCCUGUUCGGCAUAUGUUCCAAAACCCGUGGUAGUAGAGUCAGCCAUUAUGGCUUCAAUAAAGAUCAAAGAGCCAGAACCCCAGUUCUACCGGUUGGAGGGUGUGUGGCUGACGGAGUCGGGUAUGUCCCUGCUGCGCAGCAUCUCCAUGUCUCCCCUGCACAAGAGACGGCAGCGUCGCUCCCGUCUCGGCACUCUGUGCUGUGAAGGAGGUUCUGAUGGAAUGGAUCUGAGGGAAGUCGAAGAUGGGGAGGAUGGAAAAGGCUGUGGGGAGCCCAUGGACUGUGAAUCCAAGAUGGAGAACCCUGGGAGCCCUGACAGAGAUGGUGGUGCAGAGGGAGGCACUGAAGGCAUGGCAGACUGCGAGGGCCUCAAAGGAGGAGCAGAGGAGUUGGAUGAUAGCAAAAAAAGAAAGCGGAAACCUUACAGGCCUGGAAUUGGAGGCUUCAUGGUGCGACAAAGGAAGUGUCACACACGGAUGAAGAAAGAAUUUUUUGCCCAAUUGGCUGGAGAGACUACAUUAGAUGGACAACCAAUAGAGAGAACCAUUGAUGAAGGACCUCACCCUGACACAGAUAACAUAAUGGAUCCUAAACCAGUGGAGGGCGAGGAACAAGCCAAGAAACGUCGGGGACGGAAGAAGAGCAAACUUGAGGACAUGUUUCCAUCUUAUCUCCAGGAGGCUUUCUUUGGGAAGACACUAAUAGACUUGAGUAAGAAAGCUGUGAUGAUACCUCCUGGGCAGAGGGCAGGCACAUGCCCAGUCCGACCUUCAUUACCAGCACCGUCAGGGGUCAAAACUACUGCCGCAGAGACUGAGGAUCGUGUGGUGAAAAUUAAUUUUCCUCUCAAGCAAGAAGGGGGUGAGGCCUCUCAGGCUCAGGGAGAAGGUGCAGGAGUUUCUGCACCAUCCUCAUCGCUGAAGGACCAGGCGUCGAAUGAUCCGCAUGAUUCUGAUGCAGAAAAACGUGAAGGUCUUCCACAAGGGAUGGAGAGUCAGGACUCUGAGCAGUUCUUCAGGAAGGUUCUGGGAGUGUCGGACGGCUCCUCUUUGGAGGGCAUGAAGCCCAUCUUGGAGGGCAGUAAAGGAGAACUCAAUCGUAGCGCUCUGCCGCAGAGAGCUCUCCUCUCAGGGUCCCUGCCCUCAGCUGGAAUGAUGGAUGCUUUUCCUGGCCUCAGUCAGUCACCGUUCUUUGAUAUGCGGGACCGAGGAGGACUGUUCAGUCCAGAUGGGGGUGAUGAAAGCCCCUGGGCCACUCCCUCUACCCCAGCAACCCCCUCCUCCCCAGCAACCCCCACUGAGGCAGAGGGUGAUGGGCUGUCCUACAACCAACGCAGUCUCCAGCGCUGGGAGAAGGAUGAGGAGCUGGGAGAACUUUCAACUAUUUCCCCUGUUCUUUAUGCCAAUACCAACUUUCCCACUCUCAAACAGGACUACCCAGACUGGGCUAGUCGCUGUAAGCAAAUCAUGAAGGUCUGGAGGAAGGUGUCAGCUGCUGACAAGGUUCCAUAUCUGCAAAAGGCCAAAGAUAACCGAGCAGCUCAGAGGAUCAACAAGGCGCAGAAGCAGGCAGAGAGUCAGGUGUGCAGGCCAGUCAAGACAGAGGGAGUGCGCGUGAAGACUGAACGGCCCAGUUUACAUCUCCAGAUCCCUCCACCUUCUGGCUCUACGUCAAUCUCUUCCCAGCCCAGCUCUGCAGAAAGCCCAUUUCCCUUCCCUCCAGAUUCAGGAUCAUCCUCUGUCUUUUUCUCUGAUGGACCUGUUAAGACCCCGGGGUCAGCUGAAAUCAGGACAGAUCCCUUUGCUAAGCUUCCUCCUCAGUCACCUCAUUCUCACUCUCACCCAACCACACCCUACUCCCAUGCUGGGGCCAGCCCCUUACAGGCCUCUUCCUCAGGUUAUUCCGCUUCCGGCCCACAGGGUCCUCCUCAGGGACGGCCAGCCAGUCUUGGCCCCUUUGACAUGCAACCAGGAACUCCUGGAACCCCCAGACGGGCUCAGCAGGUUGACCCCUACUUCAGAUCGCAGCUGCAGCAGCAACAGGGCCAUCUACCACAAUCGCAGCAAGGCUCCCAGGAGUCCCUUGGACCUCCAGAAAGUCCUCAUUCAAGAGGCACAGGGCUUGGGGAGUCACCCAUCUUCUCACCAUCCCACAAUACCCACUAUGGAGACCCUUUUAGAACCCAGCAAGGGAUGGGAAGGUCAGAAUAUGGUUCAUCCCCGUCACCCUCUGCAGUGGCUUCCUCACCUGGGCAAUACAAGGCUGAUAUGAGUGCACCAUCUCCACGCUCAUCUGCAGUGGGAAGACCUGAUCUAUCCACUGACUCUCCUGCUGGGAUGCUGGAGUCUGGGGAUGGUUUAUUCAAGGCACCUAUGACGCCACGAAUGCACCAAGGGGAGGGUGGGACUCUUCAUCCUGGAGCUUCCCCUAGCCACCCCUCUGAAGGCUACAGGCAGUCACCUUCCCACCCUUUCUCUGAUCCCCACACUCAGCCAUCACUGACUCCCAGGCCGCAGUCAGGUGACAAUUGUUCUCUCGGACCCCAGAGACACCCUGUGGCUCAACAAGAACUAUGCCCUAGAGUGCCCUCCAGCCCACAGUCCCAGGGAAGCUCUCAGUCGCCCCACACUCCUGGUGGCCAUUCCAAUGAUGCCUACUCUGUCCAUUCUCCUGCUACCCCUCGUUUCCAAUCCCCAGACCUUUGUUCUCAGCCACCUUCAAGGCCACAAUCUAGAGACCCUUUUGCUACUAUCCAUAAACCCCCUCGUCCCCCUUCUGCUGCCCCAGAGGGAACUGCAAGUUACAAAAGCUCACCUCAUCCUAACCAGCAACCUCCACCCCAUCCCACAAACAGUUCCAUAGGGGAUCCUCUCUCUGGUAAACCGUCAGCACCUCCUACUUUUAACCGGAGCCCCAGCACCGGAGGCUUCCAAAUAACCCAGCAACAGAGUCAGAUGUUACAGGGUCAGCAUCAGCAACAACAGCAACAAACUCAGCAGACUAUGAGUGCAGACAGCUUCAGCUCCAGGGUGCCACCUCCUUCUGGGUCUCAAGAACUAGCAGUUGUCCGCCCUCAAGACGCACCUCAUCAGCCAGCUUUACCAGGCACUCAAGAAAUGCCUGACAUUUCAGCAGUGCAGGACCCUGCAUUAGUAGGCCUUAGCCCCUCUGAGCUGGAAAAACACCGACAGCGACUGAGGCUGAGGGAAUUCUUAAUCAGACAACAAAUGCAGAGGAAUUCCAUUAGACAAGAGAAGGAGGCUGCUGCUGCUGCUGCUGGAAGUACAUCUCCUGGCUGGUCUGGAGGAGAGAUGGGAGCCUUUCAACAAGAAAAGGCUCACAGAGCACCUCCACCUUAUCCACAGGAUCGUGUUGCUGCUACUACUGCUGGACCUCAGACUUCUGUGGCAGGGAAGAUGCCCAUGGCUGUUGGUGUCAUGGAGGACAAGCUCAUUCGCCCACCACCUACAGGAACUCCUGCUAUCAUGGAUCCCAGUGCACUAAGGGCACCGGGGCCCAGCAGACCUCAGGGGAUGUUUGCCCGUCCUCCAUUCCCUCCUCAGUGGCAGGGCCAGCCUCCAGGUCCAAGGAGGUUUCCCCAGCCUGGCAUGGAGGCUAUGGGCAUAAGGCACAAUCUCAACCCUGCUGCCAACAUCCAGGGCAUGGAAGGCAUGGGUAACCCUCACACCAUGAUACCAGGACAUGGAGGAGAGACCAUGCAGCAAAUGGGUCAAGGACCCCCACCACAAUUCAUUGAAUUGAGACACAACUCGCAGAGGCUAUCCCUACGACCUCAGUUUAUGCCCCGUGGACCCCAGCCAAGACCACGUCACUUUGUUCCACAGCAAGAGAUGGCAGCACCUUAUGUUCAGCAUCAUCCCAUUGCUCAAGCUGGUGGCAUUCAAACAGAGGGGGGCGGAAACUCACAGCUGGGGUUACAGCAGGGUGGACUGUCUGUUUUACUGCCUCAGCACUCUACAGGCCCAGUAACACAACAGCCCCACUUGCAGCUGCAGGCCGCUUCUUCCACUCCGAACAUUCCUAACGCUGAGCAGCAUCAGCUUCGACAACCAAGUCUAGUCACACAGCCCCAGCCCACCAUGGCACAAAAUAGUGAGGAGCUGCCAGAGCCUGACCUUGAGGGUCUUGGGGAUGCCCCAGGUGAUGGAGGUGUGGAGGAUGAGGAUGAUUUGGCUCUAGACUUGGACCCUGACAAAGGAGAUGAUGACUUGGGCAACCUGGACAACCUGGAAACCAAUGAUCCACAUCUAGAUGACUUGCUUAACAGUGAUGAGUUUGACUUGCUGGCAUACACUGACCCUGAACUGGACCAAGGCGACCCUAAAGAUGUAUUUUCAGACCAGCUGCGGUUGGUGGAAGCAGAAAGUGAAGCACCAUCUUCCUCUGGAUCUGCGCUUGUUAAAGUGGAAGGAAAAGCCAAGGUGGAGCCAGGGCAGAAGUCUCUCACAACAGCUCCUGCCAUUGCAAGGGGGUCUGCUACCCAACUGCCAUCCUCUGCAGACACUGUUGAUACCUCCAAGGUAAAAGUAGAGGACAGAGGUCUGACCCCUCAGCUGCAUCCAGGACAUACUGUGGUGAAAGAUGAAAUAGGAGAUGCUGUGUCAAUGCUUCUUGGUGGGAACACCACAUCAGCGAGGCCUGCACAACCAGAAAACCAGUCAGCUUCACUCAGUUCUGUUCGAUUAGGGGGACUACCGUACCCCCUGCCGGGCCAAGCUAACGCAUUGCCAUAUCCUCCAGCUGCUCCACAUGGAGAUAUCGGUGAUGAUCCGCUGGGGCUGCCUGAUGUAGGGGAACAGCACUCUCUUGCUGCAGAUUUGGCAAAGGUAGAGAGCUCUUUAGAUGGGGAACUGCCUCUUCUAAUACAGGAUCUUCUGGAGCAUGAGAAGAAGGAACUACAGAAGCAGCAGCAGCAGCAACAGCUCAGUUCCCUCCACCAGGGAGGCAUGGCAUCCCAUUUUCCUGGCCUAUCAAGUCAACAGCCUAACCCACAGGCACCCGGACAUAUAAUGCUGCCACACCAUCAUCGUCCACCACCCCAAGGAAUGAUGGCUCAGCCAGGAAUGGUAACCCGUGCUCCGCACAUGUUGCAACAACAGCAAAGGCUUAUGGGACCUGGAAUGGUAACUCCACCUCACAUGAAUAUGGCCCAGCAGCAAGCUAUGGUGAGGAUGGGUCAGCCAGGCAUCCAUGCAGGUGUAAGUCAUCAACCAACGACACAGCCAUUGAUUAAACCACCUAUGGCCAACAACUUCUUCCCAGAUAAAGAUUUAGACAAAUUUGCUACUGAUGACAUCAUGGAUCCCAUUGCCAAGGCAAAGAUGGUGGCACUUAAGGGUAUCAAGAGAGUGUUGGCACAGGAUCCAAUGGCUGUUCCUUCUGGCAUAAACAGGCAACAAGUUUCUCUGCUUGCUCAGAGGCUGGCUGCCCCGGGCACAGAUCCAGGUCAACUUACACCUGGACCUCCAAAGGAGGGAGAAACAGGAGAUCCCACCCAGUCGAGACCUAACCCUCCCCAGUUUGUGCAAGGAAUCAUCAAUGAUGCAGAACAGCACCAAUACGAAGAAUGGCUUCUCCACACUCAGCAGUUACUCCAAAUGCAGUUGAAAUAUUUGGAGGAACAGAUUGGGGUUCACCGCAAAUCACGCAAGGCACUGUGUGCUAAGCAACGCACUGCUAAGAAAGCUGGAAGGGAGUUUGCUGAGGCAGAUGCAGAGAAACUAAAGUUGGUUACAGAAGAGCAAAGCAAAAUUCAGAAACAGCUUGACCAGGUGCGGAAGCAGCAGAAGGAGCACACCAAUCUCAUUGCAGAGUACAGAAGCAAGCAGCAGCAGCAUCAGCAAAGCUCAGGGAUUCUUCCACCGGGACAUUCUGCACAGGGGGCCUCCCCUCACAUGUUUCCCAAGAUGCCUGGCCAGAUGAUGAUGGGCCAACAGGGAGCACCAGUAAUGGCCCAGCACCCUGUUGUAAUGCCCCAAAGCGGAUUGCCCGUCAGGAUGCCCCAAGGGCAGCCCUUUAUUGGUGGAGCUCAACCCCAACCCCAGCUUCCUGCUGCUCUUGGAGCCAGGCCCCCCAGGGCCCCAGGUCCACCUGUUGCCCCAACAGGAUUCUUCCCACAGGGGCCUGGAAUGCAAGGUGCAGAUCCCAGGCUUCUCCAAGAAAGACAGCUUCAACAUAGGAUGCAGAUGGCAAAGCUCCAGCAGCAACAACAACAACAACAACAACAACAGCAGCAGCAGGUGAUGAUGGGCCAGCAACCGAUGCCACACCCAAAUCAACAAUCUGGCUUAAUCGCUCAGUCACCGUCCAGUAUGAUGGGGAACCCACUUAUGGCCCAACAACAAGCAAACACUCAACAGGGAAUGCUAGCCAACCAGACCAACACUCAACAGGGAAUGCUAGCCAACCAGACCAACACUCAACAAGGAAUGCUAGCCAACCAGCCCAAUCAGCAGAGCAUGGUGCCGGUUCCACAAGGAAUGGUUGGAGGCCAGUCGGUGCCUCCACUGUCACAGAACCUUGCUGGAGGCCAGCCUAUUAAUCAUGGUCAAGCCAUGAUGGCAGUUCAACCAGGGAUUAUGGGGAACCCACCAGUUGCACCAUCACAGCAACAGAGGCCCCAGCUUAUGAUGGGCCAGCAGGGAAUGGUCGGAUCUCCUGGUCACCCUGGCCUCAGGGGUCCCCAGGCCCAAUUGACUCCACAACAACAGAGCAUUUUGGCCCAACGCAUGCUUGCAUCUCAGCAGCAGCAUCAACAAAAUGCUGCAAAUUUGGCCCACCUUCAGCAACAGCAGAUGGCACAGCAAAGACAACAAACACAGUUGAUCAAUCAAUCCAACCAAGAGCAAGGAGUGCUGUCCCAACCCUCUACCCCACAGAUGGGCUCCUCGCCUUCAGCAGGAAGUAUUACGCCCCAGCCACAGGGAGCUACAGACAACCAAAACUCAGGCCCCAAAGAGGGAGGGAUCCUCAGCCCUGAUUCAAGAACGCCACCGCAGCACAGUGGACCCUCCACUCCCAAUCCGAUGUCCAAACUAGGCGCUACAAAUGAUCAACAAACUGACUUGGGAAGACAGCAGCUACAACAGCAGCAGCAGCAGCAUCAAAACCAGGUUUAUAUGGCCCAGCAGCAACAAUCGAAUCCUCAAUCUGUACCUGAGCCUCAAACAGGUUUGGUCGGAAACCAACAAACUGGUGUGCUUCAGCAACUUCCGCUCACUCUCCAGAGGCAAGGCUCCCUCAGUGUUGACAAGCCCAUUUUGAUGACUGUUAAAGAGGAAAGGAAACCAAUUGAUUUCUUGGCUCAGCAGCAGCAACAACAACAAGCGGUACAAAAUACCAUGCAGCAGUCACAAGAUCCCAUCAUCCAACAGCAGAUCAUAAGCCAGAACCAUCCUGGACAGCCACAGCCUGUUGUGAUGGGUCAUAACCCACAACAACAACAAGCCCUCAUGGCCCAGCAGCAAAAACAACAGGCCAUGAUGGGCAUGAUGAGAGCCCAGCAGCAAGGGAUGAUGGCACAGAGGCCUGGGCUUCCACCUGGACAGAUCCGCACCCCAAUCAACAUCCAGGCUAUCAUUGCUCAGAAUCCUCAGCUCCGCAAUCUUCCCCCAAACCAGCAGAUACAGCACAUCCAGGCCAUGAUUGCCCAGAGGCAGCUCCAACAGGGACAGAUGUUGCGUAUGUCGAUGGGUCAAGGCCAGCAAAGUCAGUUGAGGCCUCAUAUGCAACCAGGACAGAUGCCACAAGUUGUGCAGCAGAUGCCAUAUGGAGCCAUGGGAAAGCCAGGAGCAGUGGGCCCUCAGCAACAAUCAGGCAUGUUAGGUCAACAACCUGGUAUUGCUCCACAGAUGCAACAGGGGAUGAUGGUCCCUGGGCAGCAACAGCCACAAGUAGGGGAGAUGAUGCAGCAACAUAUUAUGAGAGGCCAGGUACCAGUGCCACCUUCCCCUAUGGACCAGGGCCGAAUGGUGAGGCCAACAUCUCCACGUCAGCCAAUAGCCAAUUCUCCUGGACAUGCAUUUAAUCAAGCUAUGGGUAUGCGUCCACCUACUCCCAGCCAGAACCAGCAAGCAUUAAUGGCAGCUGCAGCAGGCCGCAUGCAGGGUUCUCCAUCCCAUGCAUAUUCUCCAAGAGGUCCUUUUGGCAUGAGCCCUGCCCACCCUGCCUCACCCCAUUCAUCCCAUGUCUCCUCACCUUCUAUAGCUGACAGCAGGGCUGGAAGGGGGAGUCCGUACAGCCAUGUAAAGGCCUCUCCACUCAGGUCACCUGGAGCCAAGAGUCCGCUUGAUUGUCCUGGAAUGAAAGUAGAAGCUCAGACAUCAGGCAAUGAAACAUCUCAUUCAGCCUCAGUUAUCCCCAAUGGUCCACAGAAAGGCAUACAUGUUCAGCAGCAGGUCACAGAGAACCAUGGUCCUCACACACAACAUGGCCCUAGAGUAGGGGAGCUAUGCAAGAUGACCUUACAGAACAUUAAACAGGAACCAAGAGAGGUUCAAUGUGAUGGGGCGCCAGAGGCUCAUCCUGGGGCUAUAAAGCGAGAAGCAAUGGGAGAGGCAGUUACGUCUGGGAACAACACUAGCUUUAUUAAUGCUGGAAACAUGUCUGGAGACCCCGGUACUCAAGGCCCUCGAUCUGAGACUGGACAGCAACUAUUACAGAAACUCCUGAGAACCAAGAACCUUCAGCUUGGUGCUCAGAGGCCUUCUGAAGGCAUCCACAAUGAGAUCAAUGGCCAUAUUAACAGCAAACUAGCAAUGCUGGAACAAAAACUUCAAGGGACUCCACGAAAUAUGGAGGAUUUACAGUCUAUAACAAAAAGGGCUCCUGCACAAAAGCCAAAGCGCACUAAUAAGGCAACUGGAGACAGAGGGCCUAACGCCCGGAAGAAGAAUAAGAAGGAAGAAGUUGGGAAAAGUGCUGAAGCCCUAAUAAAGCAACUCAAACAGGGUCUCUCUCUGCUGCCCUUGAUGGAGCCUUCAAUCACUGCCAGUCUGGAUCUGUUUGCUCCUUUUGGAAGCAGCCCAGCCAAUGGCAAAGCCCAGCUCAAAGGAUCCUUUGGAAAUGCAGUGCUGGACAAUAUCCCAGACUACUAUUCUCAGUUACUCACAAAGAGUAAUCUCAGCAACCCACCAACACCUCCAUCCUCCCUGCCACCCACUCCUCCGCCUUCAGUACAGCACAAGCUGCUGAAUGGUGUGACUCCUGGAGAGGAGCUGUCUGACGGACAGAGAGAGACAGAACCAUCAGAAGAACCAAUGGAUUCUGUUAAAGAUGAAGUGAAGAGUGUAGACAUCCUAGCAGCUCUCCCCACCCCACCACAUAACCAGAAUGAGGACAUCAGGAUGGAGAGUGAUGACGAGGAUGCCCCAGAAAGCAUCAUCCCGGCAUCAUCCCCUGAAAGUAACGUUGGGGAUGAAACGCCACGUUUUCCUCAACUACGGGAGCCUAAGGAGGAGGAGACGGAGAGAGCAAUAUCCCCCAUCAUCCCACUCAUACCUCGCACUGCCAUCCCAGCAUUUCCAGAAAACAAACCAUUUGAAGCAGCUGAUAGCAAGGUUGUUUCCACAUCUAACCAUUGGGACAAGGCCAAAAACAAUGAAGUGUCUGUUACAUUCACUUUGUCAUCUGCUGCAGCUAAGAAACUGAACCACGUCAUGAUGGCCAUGGCCCAGCUGCUUAAUAUCAGGAUGCCAGGUUCUUAUGAAGUGACUUUCCCUCCUCAAAACCCUGACAUGCCUGUAGUGGAUGGGCCUGGGAAAGGACCUGACCAGUCAGGGGCUCUGUGUACAAAGGACAUGGGUUCACCCAGUCAGGAUGACUGGCUAAGGCAAUUCGAUGUGUCUCUACCAGGCUGUACAUUGAAGAAGCAAGUGGACAUUCUGGCACUUAUCAAACAGGAAUUUCAAGAAAAAGAAGACAUACCGGCCCAGCACUGUUACACAACCAAAGUAAAUGACUUGGAUGUGCGCCACCUUCCUGCUAUACCAGUGGAAGAAUCUCCACCACCAUCACCAUCCCCUCCAUGUCCUCCCCCAUCUGAACCAGUUCUCCCUAAUGAAGCUGAACCUUCCAAAAAGUCAGCUUCUCCAUCCCUGCCUCCCCCCAGUCCCACACUUGUCCAGAUCAAGACUGAGGCUGAACAGGAGGAUGGUCCUCCUAUUGAUGCUUCUCAACCAACUGAUGUCACAGAGUCUGAAGUUGCUGCUCCAGAGUCAGUCGCUGCUCCAGAGUCAGUUGCUGCUCCAGAGUCAGUCGCUGCUCCAGAAUCAGUCGCUGCUCCAGAGUCAGUCGCUGCUGCAGAGUCAGUCACUGAACCGACAACUGCCUCUGCAGUUCCAGAUCUUUCUGUUCCUACUGAUCCAACUGAAGUCCUUCUGAGUCCUCCUAUCAAGGAGGAGGACUUGGCCAUUGAUCAAGCUCAACCUCCUAGAGAUUCUCCCAACAACAUGGAGUUAUCUCCUAAGGCUGUCAAGCAGCGCAGGCCUCUCUCUCCUGAUGAGGAGGUGAUACAUCCCAAAGUGAAGAAAUGGAAGGGGAUUCGCUGGAAGCGUCUUCAGAUAGUCAUCACAAUACGUAAGGGCGGGUCCAAGAAAGAGAGCAGCCGUGAGGUGUCGGAGCUAAUGGAACGCCUGCGCAUCACUCUUCGACCAGACAGGCUGCCUCGGGACAAACGAAAAUGCUGCUUCUGCCAUGAGGAAGGUGAUGGAGCCACUGAUGGGCCCGCCCGGUUGCUUAACAUCGAUGUGGACUUGUGGGUGCACCUCAACUGUGCCCUGUGGUCCACAGAGGUGUAUGAGACGCAGGGGGGUGCCCUCAUCAACGUGGAGGUAGCCCUGCGUCGUGGAUUGCGAACCCUUUGCGCAUACUGCCAGAAAACAGGCGCCACCAACAGCUGUAACAGAAUCCGCUGUCCGAAUGUCUACCACUUUGCGUGUGCCAUCCGGGCACGCUGCAUGUUCUUCAAGGACAAGACCAUGUUGUGCACCCAACAUAAGCUGAAGGGCCCCAGUGAAGACGAACUCAGCAUGUUUGCUGUUUUACGGCGUGUCUACAUUGAGCGUGAUGAGGUGAAGCAGAUUGCCAGCAUCUUACAGCGAGGUGACCGUAUCCACUUGUUCCGUGUAGGCGGUCUCAUCUUUCAUGCUGUUGGCCAGUUGCUACCAUCCCAGAUGGCCAACUUCCACUCGCCCACUGCCAUUUUCCCAGUUGGCUAUGAGGCAACACGCAUCUACUGGAGCACACGGGUGCCCAACAAGCGGUGUCGCUACCGCUGUCGCAUCAACGAGGACGAUGGUCGUCCCCUGUUUGAGGUGCGUGUUCUGGAGCAUGGCAUGGAGGAUUUGCAGUACCGUGACACUACUCCAGAGGGGAUCUGGGAACGGGUGGUUCAGGAGGUGGCUAAACUCAGAGAUGACUCAUCCAUGUUGAAGCUGUUCACUGAACACAUCAAGGGAGAGGAGAUGUACGGCCUCACAGUUCAUGCUGUCAUGCGCAUCACCGAGUCGUUGCCUGGAGUUGAGAACUGCCAGAACUACCAGUUCCGAUAUGGCCGGCACCCUCUGAUGGAGCUCCCUCUUAUGAUCAAUCCCACUGGUUCUGCUCGAUCUGAGCCCAAAGUCCCCACACAGUGCAAGAGGCCUCAUACUCUAAAUAGCACCAGCGUGUCAAAGGCCUACCAGAGCACCUUCACUGGAGAGCUCAACACACCAUACAGCAAGCAGUUCGUCCACUCCAAGUCGUCCCAGUAUCGGCGCCUGAAGACGGAGUGGAAGAAUAACGUGUAUCUGGCACGAUCACGCAUUCAGGGCCUGGGUCUGUACGCUGCUAAGGAUCUGGAGAAGCACACCAUGGUCAUUGAAUACAUUGGCACUGUGAUACGCAACGAAGUGGCCAAUCGCCGGGAGAAGAUCUACGAGGAACAGAACCGUGGUAUCUACAUGUUCCGCAUCAACAACGAGCAGGUGAUCGAUGCCACUCUGACAGGAGGCCCAGCUCGCUACGUCAACCACUCCUGUGCUCCGAACUGUGUUGCAGAAGUUGUAACAUUUGACAAAGAAGACAAGAUCAUCAUCAUUUCCAGCCGCAGGAUCCCCAAGGGAGAAGAGCUGACCUACGACUACCAGUUUGAUUUCGAGGACGAUCAGCACAAGAUCCCUUGCCAUUGUGGAGCCUGGAAUUGCCGAAAGUGGAUGAACUAACCAGAAGAAAAGACAAAAUGGAAACUUCCCCUCUCGCUGGUGCCAGAACACUCCUGCGCCAAAGCCUUUGAAUCCUACAUAGCCAGUGCAUAAGCUGUUGUGAAAGUUGUGGAGGGAAGCUGGCCUCGGUCACUGAAAGACUAAAGCGUUGACACCUGUAGCCAAAGGUUUGAAGAGCAUUAAUCAAUAAAAGCAACUGACCACCUCCAUCAACAGCAGCUUGAUGGUGGGACUAACUUUCAUGUUUGGACUAGUGAAUCACCUUUUUCCUCAGCCAAAACCCUUUUUCCUCCUCGACUGUUCUCAAUAAUCUCAUAGUGGCUGGAAAACAAUCCUCAACAUCUACCAAAUGAUUCUGACCCUCUAUCAACACACGUAGUGCAGAGCUCAGCUGGAGCUCCGACAAAAAGCCAUUUUUAAAAUACUAAGAAUGAACUAAUGAUGCAUUUUUAUGUUUUGAGUCGGACCUAUUUCCUGUCCCACCUGACCACAUCUCCCCCCCUCACCUCCCAGAAAAGGCACUUUCCCAUCAAGUCAUCAAUGAAGACAGCACGGAUAUUGGCUAGCUAGACAAUCUUGAUGUGGCUCUGUGUAAGAACUACAUAUGAUCGAUGGAAAAAAAAAAAGAAAAAAAAGAUGUAAGUUAAUAUAAAAUUUGAGAUGCUAUUGAUCUGUGGCUCCAGAGGAACCAGAUGUUCUGACUGUGUGGCGUCCCAAGGUGGGUUAGUUGGACCCAGUCUACCUCAUUGAUUUAGCGGGAAGCGACUGCUUUGUAUAAAAACUGUUAACUGCUACUGUGGAACGGGAGGGGGGGAGGGUGAAGGGCGGGAUGUUUUUAUGGGCUUAGCCUUCUCGGACAAGCAGGGAAUCUUAAGCAGCAGGUUUGCUCUAUCUACUCUAUGCUGAUGAUUUACAAUAAUGAGCCAACAUAAUUAUUAUUCAUGAAUUGUUUAUACAGAGGAAAUAUAUGACAGUUUUGAUAAGAUAUUGCAUUAAAAUCACAAUCAGAAGCUUAGCGGGUGUCCUGUAUGCCACCAAAAUCCUCCUGGAUGUUGAUGUAGCUUUUUUCUCUUUUUUUUUUUUUUUUUGUUUCCUUCCUAUUUAUGCUUCUCGAAAAAACCAUGUUUAUCAGCUGUGUGAAAGCACAAUGACAUCAACCUUCUAAGUUGCUUGGAGACAGCGAUGGUGUGAGUGAAUGGCUAUAGGGUCACAGGACACAUGGUCUUUGAAGAAGACUACUGAGUCCAAAAUUAACCAAGUACACAUUUGCUUUGUUGCUUCAUACAUUGAAGUACCACUUGUUGAAAACCAGCCGGUGGAUGCAUGACUACUGUCCCAUUAAAUGCUUUUUAUUCCCCCAUAAGUCGAUCUUUUUCACAACUCAACCUUGAACUUUUAAUCAUGCCUCUUCCUCUCUGUAUUAUUUAGUGGACUGUUGUUAAACUUUACUGUAGUAGGUCUUCCUCUGCCUGAGUACAGCCUGCAGUGUUUCUACUUCCCCUGUAGUGUGCUUUUUCUAGUGCUGGUACUGUCCUUUCAAAGGCUGAACUGAUGGCAGGGAAAGACUUAUUGGAAAAAAGGGCAUUUGUUUUCUUUUCUAUGUAAGAUGAAUGAAAAAAGUCUUUAAAAGGGAGCUUUACUAAAACUCCACCUUCCCAUACUACUUUGUUCCCCCCUUUCCCUAACCUAAGACCUCACAUGAAUUAAAAAUGCAAAGUUGUACAAACUGUAUAUAUAGUAUAUGCAUUAGGGGACAGCAACUCUUUAUCCAGCCCCUUUGUAAUCAAUAAAGUCAAAAGUGUAGAGAAAUAAAAUUGAAAAAAAUCAACCACUGGAUAUCAUUUUAACAAAGAUAAAGCUGUAUAUAAAUAUACAUAUAUGUAAAAUGGCAAACUAAUAUCUUUAUGUAUAUGAACCAGAGUGUUUUGCAUUUACCUGUUUUUCUAUUAGUGUUUUUGCUAUAAGCUCUCAGAGACAAGUUUGUUAAAAUAGGUUUAAGAAAAAUGUCAGGUCUUCUCAAAUCAAUUGCGACGAGAAGCCGGUGUGAUUACAAAAACUGUUUGGAUUCAUGUGGAGGGGUCGGUAAUUAGACAUGAAAAUCACUUCUUGCGUAAAGCAGUACAAUGGUGCAUAGCAUUUGUAUUUAUGUAAUAUUGUUCGUGUUUAUUUUUCUUUUUAUUUAUGCUACUGCUUGUUGAUUACCAAAACCUGUCCCUUAAUCGGUCACAAUUGGAUUUAAUAUACUCUUGAAUGGAAAACCUUGAACUCCCUAGAAUAUUGUUAGUGUUUUGCUUUUUAUAUCUUCCCUAUAGAAGUGAAUGUGUUGGUAAACCUUGUGAAAUGGUUACUUGGCCUAAUGUAUGUUAUGAUGUAAUACUCAAAGUUAAUCCCAUACUUAACCUGGUAAUGAAUUGCACUCUCAUAGUAUAACAGAGAACUUCUCUAAAGUGGUAGAUAUUGAUCAAGUAUCUGAAGCAGUGAUAUAUAUAUUUUUUGGUAUGUUUCUAUUUCAAGGGAAGACCAUGACGAGACAUUAUGCCGCUCACUGGAUUUUAGCCUGAAUGAUUUUUAACUUCUCUGAAUCUUAAUUUAAGUUCUCUGCAUAUCUUAUAAUUUAAUAAAGUUUGCUCAAAUUGAAGGUUUUUUUUAACCUCACCUACUUUUUAAAAAGAUGUUGCAUCUGUACAGCAGAGAUACUUUUAGGGAAUAUGAAUAAAUAUAAUGAUCAUUUUUAUUGUAUGUGGCAUGUUUUGUAUGAAUAUUAUUUUGAAUUGUACAUAUUUUUUUCAGGACGCCAGAGGUUGCAUCUCUUUAUAUACAGCUUUCCCACUCCCUUUUCCCUUCAUCUUAUUUCUUUGUCUGCUUUUGUUUCUUGUAAAGGAAAAUAAAAUGCAUUUUAAAUAUUUGA